CUGUACGGAACGGGCAUCCCAUCAAAUGAGUGCUUAUGUUCCAUCACAAUUCAGUACAUCAACUCGACCGUUGAUGCAUACGAAUGCACCUGUUGCAGAUGUUAAUAAAAUUCGAGCUAUUCGCGCAAGAAAAGACAAAAUUGAUGCUGCUUGUGUACGUUCAGACAUUCGUUCAUCGAAUUCCAUCGAUAAUACUUUGUGGAAUACUAUGAAUUCACAGACAUUAAACGAACGUUUAACAGCCGAAAAACUAUUUAAUCGAAAUUUUAAAUUAGAUCGUGUAUUAGCACAAUCGUCAGUACUAUCGUUAAAUCCAUCACUGAUAUGGCCAAGUUACGGUACAGCUGUUACUUCACGUCCCAAACGAUCUCAAUCAAACUCAACAAUGACUAUUACACCGCCCAUCGAAUCACCUAUACUAAAAAAAUCAAACCACACUACUGUUAUGCCAGAUAUUUUGUCGAAACGUUCAUUAAGUCGACCACAAACAAAAGCUUCAUUAAUUAAAAUAAAUGAAACAAUAAACGAUUCGCCCGAUUUUGAGCAAUCAUUCAUCGAACAAUCGUUUAUUAUCUCAAAAGAUCAAGAUAAAAAAUCAAUGCCUAAACAGCAACCAUUAGCUCAAUUAAAUAAAAACUUUAAUAAUAUACAAAAACCUCUUGUAACAAAACGAACAGUAAUAACAGCAAAAUUGAAAAAACAAUCUCCAAGUCCUAAACGUUUCCAGGGAGCACCAUAUCGUACUACUCGAGGUCGUGAGAUAGAUAAUCGCAAUUAUAAUAAUGAAAAUGAAUAUGAAAACGACGAGGGAGAGAUUAUGGAUGAAGAAUUUCAAAAAUAUUUACCAAAGGCGAUUGAAAAAUGUGCUAAUUGGCUGAUCCGAUAUGUAUUUGUGAAUAAUGAUGAAAAUAAUAAUAUCAAUACAGAUAGAUAA